AGCUGCAGUGAGGGUGGAUCUCUGGAGCUGUCAGCUUGUACAACCCAUAGACAUCAGGGCUGGAGGGGAGAGAACAGGCUGCUCCAUGGCACAACCAUCACAAUAAUCUUAAUUCCUGCUCUCCCUCUCACAUUUCGUGUUCGCCCUCCCUCUAAUCCCGUUAGGAUUUACAUCCAGCCGCGCACGGAUCGCCUUUUAUAUAUUCGCAGCUGCUCUGCAAAAACAAAAGCCAUUCUCCAUCCAGGCUGCUCCAUCUGAGAGAUCACCGGCGGAGUCAUCGGAUACUGGCAUCGCUUCACCUGGCACCUGCCCCCGAUCCCACCGACCGACCAUCCAGAGAAGAGCCUGGCGAUGGGCGACAAAGGAACCAGAGUCUUUAAGAAAGCCAGUCCUAAUGGAAAGCUUACGGUGUAUCUGGGGAAGAGGGACUUUGUGGAUCACAUAGAUGUCGUGGACCCUGUAGAUGGAGUCGUUUUGGUGGAUCCUGAAUAUCUGAAGGAAAGGAAAGUGUUCGUCACGUUGACCUGUGCCUUUCGUUACGGACGCGAGGACCUCGAUGUUCUCGGGUUGACGUUUCGGAAGGAUCUUUUCGUGGCCAACAUUCAAGCCUUCCCCCCGGUCCCGGAAGAGAAGAAGCCGCUGACCAGACUGCAGGAACGCUUGAUAAAGAAGUUGGGCGAGCACGCCUACCCGUUCACCUUUGAGAUUCCACCAAAUCUCCCUUGUUCGGUGACUCUUCAGCCCGGCCCCGAGGACACCGGAAAGGCCUGCGGCGUGGACUAUGAGGUGAAGGCAUUCUGUGCUGAGACCCUGGAAGAAAAAAUCCACAAAAGGAAUUCCGUGCGGUUAGUGAUCAGGAAAGUGCAGUAUGCUCCAGAGAGGCCGGGACCCCAACCCAUGGCUGAGACCACCCGACAGUUCCUGAUGUCUGAUAAACCGCUGCACCUGGAAGCCUCACUAGAUAAAGAGAUUUACUACCACGGGGAGCCCAUCAAUGUCAAUGUCCACGUCACAAACAACACAAAUAAGACCGUCAAGAAGAUUAAAAUCUCAGUGCGCCAGUACGCCGACAUCUGUCUCUUCAACACGGCGCAGUACAAGUGCCCGGUGGCGGUGGAGGAGGCUGACAAUGACGUUGUGGCGCCCAGCUCCACAUUUUGCAAGGUCUACACGUUGACUCCCUACUUGGCCAACAACCGGGAGAAGCGAGGCCUGGCGCUGGAUGGGAAACUGAAGCAUGAAGACACCAACCUGGCAUCUAGUACUCUGUUGAGAGAUGGAGCCAACAAGGAGAUCCUUGGAAUAAUUGUCUCAUACAAGGUCAAAGUGAAGCUGGUCGUGUCACGAGGAGGCCUUCUGGGAGACCUUGCCUCAAGUGACGUUGCUGUAGAGCUGCCUUUUACUUUAAUGCACCCGAAACCCAAGGAGGAGCCUCUUCACCGGGAAGUUCCUGAGAGUGAAGCUCCUAUAGAUACAAAUCUCAUAGAAUUUGAUACACACGAUGACGACAUCGUUUUUGAAGAUUUUGCUCGUCAAAGACUGAAAGGGAUGAAAGACGACAAGGAAGAGGACGACGAAGAAACAAACUCUCCUGCGAAUGACAGAUAAACAGGGACCCGUUGUAAUCUUAUCACAGUGUUAAACUCGUGGAUUGGGCUUCUUUAUUCGUACUCUAAAGAGCCCUCCCCCCCAACAAAAAAAAUAAGUUACCCAGAUUCUGGCAGCCCUUAUAAUCUUCUUGCUGUGCCAUAAUUGUCGAUCCGCAUCUCGCUACUUCUUUUCACUUCUGGCUAACACUAUCUUAAAUUUAAAGUACAAUCAUGAUUCGUGCAACCGAUUACUGUACGUGAGGAGUUCUUGUAGCACUUUUCUAUUAACCGAGUCUUUUAUGCAUUUUGUAUAAUUACGGUAGUAUCAUACAAGUAUUUGUUAUGGAAAACAAAAAGGUAGUAAAAAAAAAUCACAUAGCUUUGAAGGAAAUCAAAAGCAAACACCUUUUAUACAAAACAAAGCACUCUCGACAGCUACCGUAUUACAGUGUGUUAGUCAAUGUGGUGAGAUCUAAUGGCACUUUACUAUGUUCAAAAAUUUCUUUCAUAGGAAUUCAAAAAUAGGAAGAGAAUUUUUUUGAUACAAAAAGGACAUUUUUUGUCUGAAUUACGAGAGGACUACUACUCCGUUCUAUUCUGAAGAGUAAUCUGCCUUAGUCAUGUAUUGAGUAUAGAGGCCGAGCGGUCCAGUAAAUCUUUCCUAUCACCCUACAUGAGACGUAAUGUCAUCUGAAAUUUUGAGAUUUAAGUCAAUAUUUUGUCAUUCACCGGGUAUCUGGUGAGGACUGGUUUUGCCCAGAUAAAUAAUUUGUGAUUAUUAGCCAUUCUUAGGCCUAUUUGGCAAAUAGAUAAAUGGCUACUCAUGAGAAUUAAUGUACAAUGUUUAACCCAAAAGAUUUUUGGACAAUAUUUUGGUGGAACUCAUUAAAGGAGGCUUUCUUAAGCGGAAUCCUUUACCUAAAACAGUCUUUAAGACUGGGUGUUUGAAUAACUCAUUUCAUAAUCCAAUUUUGGAAUAUUAUUCCAUUAUUAUUUUUGAAAUUUUUCCUUUUUCAACUUUUUUAUUAUAAUAGCAUAUAAUCGUAUUGUACAUGCCUUUUUGUUUUUAUUCAUAAGCUAGAAAGUAUGACUGGCAAAACAAAAAAAAAUAUUUUGGAUUUUUUUUGUUUCAGCUGCACAAUACAAAAAAAAUCUCUUAAUUUGGUCAAAUUUUUAACCAAAUAUUUUUUUUUAUUUCAUCAUCUUCUGAAAUUUCUUCUGUAUAAUUUUUUUUUUUUUUUUAAUCUCGUAAUCCAACAAAGAUCCAUCAUAUGAUCAAAAGCAAGACAAAAAAAAAGUUUAUUUUUAGAGUGGAGUGUAGGGGUAAAAUUAAAGAUUUUUCUUAUUUUUAUUAUUAUGGGUGUACUCAUUGUUUAGGUCUGAACACAGACAUAGAAAAUUCAGUGUGGCGAUUUUUUAAAAUUGUAAAACAAAAAAAAAAAAUCAACUGUCAUAAAAAUUACUGCCCCAAUUUUUUUUUAAAAAGCUUCUCAGUUUGAGAGAAAGAUAAGAAGAUCCUAUUACUAUUUAAGUUUUUAAGUUUGAAAUAUUUUAAUUAAUAAACAAACAAAUAAUAUAUAUAUAUAUAUAUAUAUAUAUAUAUAUAUAUAUAUACUUUUUUUUUUUUACUUAAACCCCUAAAAAACAUAAAUUCUUAGGGCAUGUUAAUGGCCUAUAUUUUUCUGUUUUAAUCAGGAUAUUGGGUUCAGUUUUCUCAACAUUAUUUUUUGCUUUCCUAUUGAUCAAAGCCUGACGUGCUCUUGCAAUGUGAUACGAACUGGAAUUGUGGGAAAAUUUAAAAAAUAUUGCACAUGUAGGUCACCUGGUCUUCAGAAUCCAAAUAUGAGUCGUACUGGGAGUUUUUCUGAUAUCCAUUUUUCAAUAAAAUAUUGAUCCCUGAAUUGGCAUGAAUAUGCGGUAACUAUAUCUGUUCUCUUUAAAGCUAUAGCCAGUGUUAGUUAGUGUCGUGUCUACCUAAAAACUAACAAAGCUUUUUUGAGAGAGAUGGAAAUUUGUAAUCAUCUGAUGUGUAAAAAAAAAUUAUUUUGAAGAUGAUAUGGAUCAUAUUAUACAUAUUUAAUCAUCUCCAAAGUCAUAAAAUAAGGGUUGCCAUUCAACAUUUUUUUUU